AUGGAGACUCUGUUAGUCCGCAUCUUGCUGUUAAGAUGGCUUCUGAGACUCAAGGUUUCUGCACCUUCAGAUGAAACAUUUAUUGGAUCUGUGGUGGAGCAUAUCAGAAAACGGGCUAGGAUUGUGAGUGGGCUGGGUCAUAUGUAUGUGGAGACUGCUGGAGGCGUCCACAGCCCAACACUUUCCAGAACAACCCAACUAGACACCUACCGCACCCUCUUCCUCCCUGCCAUACUAAUCAGAGACUCCAGACUCGGCAGCAUAUCAUCAACCAUCUCAGUGUUUGAGUCCCUCCUCCUCCAUGGAUACAUCAUAGAUGUGAUCCUCUUAUUCUGGGACGAAUACUACAGGAAUUAUGAAUACCUAACACACAUUUAUGAUGCUUCUUCUGGGAAAACUUCACCUUUGCAAUCAAAAUCUCUAUUGCAACCUCAACUGGACGGGUCCGCUUCAUGGUGGAUGCAAGCUGUUGGACGUGCUCAUCCGACACUGGCACUUGCUGCUGCAAAUGCGGCAGGACAUUAUGGCCAUAUCAUGUUCCUGCAGGCAACUCAUAUUCCUGCUCUAAAGCUUGCUGAAUGCCUCCUUCAAGGACCAGGCAAAGGCUGGGCUUCUCGUGUAUUUUUCUUAGAUAAUGGAUCUACUGGGAUGGAGGUUGCGCUUAAAAUGGCUUUACAAUCAUUCAUUGUCAGCUCUGGACUCAAGUUGAGUUCACUGGAGAAGAAGAAUUUGAGGGUUGUCGGAUUACAGGGGAGUUAUCAUGGAGAUAUGAUCGGGGCUAUGGAUGCUUGCGAGGAGGGGGUCUAUACUUGUGAAUGGCAUGAAGCGAAGGGUUAUUGGUUUGAGCCACCAACCUUGUCCAAUCGGCAAGGCCAGGUCACUAUUUCCCUUCCACCUGCUCUGUCGUCUCUCACCAGUGAUCAGCGGACAAUCAAAAGAUUUGAAACACUCUCUCAUGUUUAUGAUGUCGAGCAGCAUCUCAAAUCUCCACUAGCAAAACACUACAGGCAAUACCUAAAUAAACACAUGCGUAGCCUCCAGGCAGACGACACCCAAAAACUUGCAGCUCUAAUCAUCGAACCCAUCGUGCUGGGCACAGGAGGGAUGAUAUUUGUGGAUCCAUUGUUCCAACGGUUCAUGGUCAAUGUUGUCCGCCACCCCGCCAUAUUUGGGUGCAUCACAACUGACCCACCGGUAUCCAAAGAGAUUGCGUGCCAAAUAUUGACAUCACAUGUCAAUCACAUGUACUCAGAAACAGCGCUUGAAUCCCAGUGA